UUUGAAGAAGUUUAGAAAUAUUUAACACUGUAUUUGUUGAUACCUGUAUUAUUUUUAAAUACAUUAUAUUGGAGCUGUACGUGAAACAAUCACAGACUCACUGAAUUACCAAUUAAGUCAAAGUGUCCCUAACCAAAAACUUUGAUGUGGCAUCGCCACAUGUUCAUCUGUUUUUAGUUGAUACAAAAUCUACAACAUAAAUACUGUGGUAUGUACAUAAUAACUUCCAAAAAAUACGUUUUUCUCUGUUCGCAGGUAUACAAUUUGAUUCGAUAUGCCUAAAUUUGUGAAUGCUAGGAGUGCGAAGCGUAGACGCCGGAGACGAAAGCAUGAAAAUGAGCUAAGGUUUAAUUGUCUGGAUUCAAAACAAGAAAAUAGAAUUAAAAUAUGUAACGCUCAACCAAAGGUUGUAGUAAAUAGUCAAUCCGAAUAUGACAUUCCUAUAACGCAUGUAAAUCCUGUGGAUGUGUGUUUCCCGAAGAACAGUUCUUUAAGUGAAACCAGCAACUUUCAUUCAACGGCUGUAGUAAAAAGUGAGCCAUUAGAAUACAACGAUGACAUCUACUUAACGCAGCUAAACUCGAAGGUUGGCCAAUUGACAUAUGAUAAAGGUCAAGAAUUUCUUUACGUUAAGUCUGAAGAGAUCGCUGAGGACAAGAAUCCAGAAGUAGCUUAUAAUCUCAUGCUAUACGAAAUAAAUGAAAGAAAUCCGGUAGUACUGAAUGUAAAUCAACUUAAUACUGAUUCUGACAAACAUACAAAAAAUGAUGCAUCUGAAAUUGCAGUUACACAACAUCUACAACUUCCACAUUCUGAAAAUUCAAAAAUUCGAAUGCAAAAUACAACAAUAUCAAACAUUUCUACUACAAAUGGCAUAAAAACCAAACGAUUAAUCCCUAAAACACCAUAUUUUGUGGAAAUACCCGGAACAUCAAGUUUACUACAGAAAGCAUCGAGCAGAAGAAAAGUGGCUUCGUUAAAAAUAAACAAAACUCCAAAUGCAAAAAUACUAACAAACUUCAGCGAAGAGACGAGUAAAUGCGCUUGUCAUCUAAAUCCAAUGAAAAACGUCGAUGUUCAUAGCAAUUUAGAACUAAAGGAUUUCUUUGAAAGAAUGUUUGAAGAGACGCGGAAAUUGAAACUCGAAGACCGCCAAACGAUUAAAACAGAAUUGCUCAAAGCUGUUUCUCAAGCUCAAGAAGACGUAGAGGCUGGAAAGUUUUGUGAAAGAUGCUAUACAAUGUUGGCACAACCAAAGAAGAGAUGUUGACGAAUGAUUGUGGAAAUCUCAAAUUACUUAAUUGAUUUCAAUACACGCUUACAAAAAUGUUGCAUUAUCUGCCUGAUAAGCAUGCACAGGGCUUCAAACGAGCUGCAGUUCUUUACUGGCGUAGACACCGCGUACGUGGUUAUAGCCCGAGCCGAGCUGUAGUUAUACAUAUAAUCAAAAAGGGGACCAUUGAUGUUUUAAAAUAACCGAUUUCUCAUUUCAAAGGUCGACCAUAAAUGUUUCGAAACAUUCCUGUAAAUAGAAUUUAAAUGUGACCUUGAUAACCGUAAUGGAAAACUAAAACGAGGUAAUUUGGUAAUCAAAUCUCGAAGUCUGGAUCUCUUAAAUGGAACAAAAUCUAAUGCCGCUCACAAAAUAAUAAAAAAAAAUGUUUCAAUAAAACUUGUUAUGCGUACUCGCUUGAAUUGAAGAAACGUCAGUAUUAAAAAAACCUUUUAGUGAUCGAUGGACUUCAUUUGCAAAGCAAUAAGUGAAAAAGAAAGGACCUCAUUAUGGACACUAUGAACAUUGAUCAGUACUCGUUUUAAUGACUUGAAGUUGUGGAUAAUAAGGCGGUAUAUUUUCUGUGCUGAAGGUCAUUCUUAACAUCCGGUCACACGUAGUAACUCCGCCAUAGCCGGUCCCAAACUCCUGUUGAAAAAGGAGGAGUGUUGGUAUGGUGGAAUGACUAUUAAUAAGCGUCUCGGUCGUCUGGCAGCUGCAACCAGUACGCAGGUUAGUGUUACAAAUGACAAAAACAAUCAGCUUCCCGUUAUUGAAAAACAAGUACGCAAUCCGGAAGCAAAAUACCAAGCCUAGCGAGGUACCCAACCAAAUAGCUAGCAGUAGUUCAACAGCUCCAAGCAUCGAUAAGAAGUUUGUAGUAACCUCAAGUGGCAAGGAAAGGAAAACAGAUCAUAUAGGGAAGCUAACUGUCCUUUCAACUACGUCGUAACCGACCCUGUUCGUUCGGGAGGUAGUAGCAGCGGAGCAGCAGACUUUGUUCGAGUCGGUGUUCAGCGAUGGUCUAAUGGCAAUAAUCCCGUCGUCGUCCUCGGACAUAACUGUCUUCAAGAUAGAUAAUGCGCGCUUCGAAAAUGGUAUUUUUUUGAUUAGCCAUUAAGAGGAUGUGAACGCCAUGGUGGAGGGCUUUCCUCAAAUCUCCCUAGACUUACAAGACUCAUAUCUUCAUCCGAGGAAAAAUGUCGGUUAUGUCUACGGAGUGCAUCCACCAGAUGCUGGCUAAGCAGACCAAAGAAUUAAGAACUGAAUUCUAGGAGGUGUUCCACCGCGGUUUCACCUCGCAAGAGCAUGUCAUUGUGUUGAGCAUAGACCAGAACUCGGUCUCAUUUGUUGAAACUGCAGCUGGCAGAGUUCCAGUUCUGUUUUCCACGGUGCAAUUCAAGAUGGGACACUGUCAGAUCACAGAAAAACCUUCCUUGGAGACUUUUCCAUCUACCGUUGCGCACUCUAAUAACAUCACAGCAUGGGAACAGACGAUACCGCUAUCGGCACGAAUAACCACUGAGAAAAUUCUUGGCCUUAUUAUUAGACGUUGAAGUCUUCCCACCACAAUGAGUUCAUCGGGACACUCCGAUGACGCCUACCCUCUAUUGUUAACAGGAACAGGCGGUGCCGAGGAGUUAACAGCUAAAACAAAAAUGCUGUUCACGCAGAUUAAAUGGCACUCACGCGGCGUCCAAUUACUAGAAUGUUUUGACUGACCUUUUAAAGUCCGAAAUAUUUUCAGUAAGAUUAUGUAUUUGCGGAAGAAAAGGAAGAGUAACCAUAGGGUAUUCAGUCUCGGUAGAGAGGUGUCACAUGUGAGGAAGUUGGUUUCAAACGGAGAUCGUGGGUAUGAGAGAAGUUCCUAUUUUAAUCUUCGCUUUCACUUUCAGCAACUAGAUAAAGUAGAAUAGUCAGAACGCGUUGCAGGAAUGAUCAAGUUAAGUGAUGAAAGUCGUGAGAGUAGAAUAUUUUUUGUUAUUUUAAAACAACAAAUAGCUAUUUUUCUUGCUUUUUACUUGCAGUGCUAUCAAUACUUUUACCUGGAGUCAGCUGUAUAAAUAUCGAUAUACAUACAUGUAUGUAUAUAUAGACUUUACAUAAAGCUCAUGCAAAGAACAGCGAGAUAGCCAAGAAGCCCUGAAUCGUGGGGCUAAUUGACCUUAGCCAACCCAUGGGACAGAUUACUCAAGAGUAAAGGAAAGCAGUGCAGCUGAAGCUGUUUGAUGCGCUCUUCGCAAGAAUGGAUAGGACCCCGGGCGCGCCUGGCGUAAUAAGGUCAAAAUCCUCAAAUGCAAGGACGUGUCCUCAUUCUAUGGGUAAAAUAAGUGCUUCGGAACCUUCAAGGCCUAUAGAAGGGUCGCCUUCUGGACGUUGUGUACCGUAGCUGCAUUCCCAUUUUUCCGAAAGCGAAGGUGCUCAUUCCACGAACGGUAGAACCGGAUGAUGCACUUAGGCUCCUCAGAAGAUAAAAUCCUGUUGUGUGGAGGGAAUUGAAGGUUACCAACUCUGACAACAACUUAGUUCUGGAGCCAUAGAUAAUCUCGGGACACAUCGUAUCUAGACUAAAGUCACCAACAUACUAGUCCUACUUCCCGAGUGCAACAAAUAAGAUGGCCUGAUUGCUGUAGCCGUAAAAGAUGGCCAGGAUAAGGCAAACUCCUUGUAUCCAGUUACAUGACAAACGUUUAUGAAAUGCCAGUAGCCCAGUAGAACCCCGGAUGUUGCUGGAUGCUUCUGAUAACACGAAAGAAUUCCAUUGAUAGGCACGGACACCGGUGAGCAUAAAGUCAAACAGAUGCAGAGAUUCUCAUAUUCGUUUGUAUUUUCCAGAUGCAUUGUGCAGAAUACGCUGAAAACCGUUACGUGACACGUUCAAAAGAAAAAGAGGCACCUAACGCCUAACAGCCAAGAAGAUAGAGAUCUAGAAAUUCAAGUUGCACUUAGAGCUGUUUUUUAGAUAGUAUACCAUCUAACAACAAUUGUGUAAGCAGCGAGGACGAAGACUACAAUGAUAACUGCUUUAACAUGACCGAACAAGCGAAAUUUUGCAAAAUGAGGAAUCCUCUGUGUCGAGUAAUUCUAAAAAACGCCUAAAAUUGUUACGAAUGUAAAACGAGUUUCACCGCUUCAAGUAGUGACAAAUAGUUCGGCUGGUAAUAAAGAUGUGCCUAUUGCCAUGGCUUUGGUUAUGAAAAAUUCCACUUCCACUUGGUGGGUUUUCGAAGUCUUAGCACAUAAAGCUUUAUCGGCUGGCCUGUCGGAAAGUGACGUUGGCUCAAUCGAAUAGAAAGUAGCCACAUUGGGCUUUGAAGACGUUUUAAAGGAGCGCCAAAUAUCUGCAAUACCAUCUGUUAUAAAUCCGACUGAGCAAAUCUCAUAGUCCAGCUCAAUAUAAACUGUGAUAGGAACAUUUGAAGGGAUAAAUACUCCUUCGUAAACAACUGUUUACUAAGUCACGUACCAAUUCAAUAGUUCGAUUUAUGGCAAGGAAUUUUUAUGACUUCUAAACGCUGUCGCCAAUUUAAGAGUUCGAGUUAUGAAAGUUGCCGAAGCGCCUUAUUUCUGAAUUAUUCUCAUCUUAUGUAGUCGCUUUGAAAUUACUUAGUGUGUGACUCCCAAUGCUGAAGUAAGCUCUUCCUGCGUUUAACACAGAUCCUCAACGAGCAACGACUCCAAUUCAGCGUCUUCGAAGGUUUUUGGCCUUCAUUCACGCGGACGGUCGUUGAUAACGAAAUCGCCGUAUUUGAAGCAACGAAACCAAUCACGGCAUAUGAUUGCACUUUUAGAGUCGCCGAAGUUCUGCAGCCGCCGAUUUCUUUGAUUGAAAGAAGAAAAUCAAAACUUUUCGCAAAUGACGUUUAUUUGGCAAAAUAUUCGAACAACCGAAGGCAUACAUACAUAUGUCACAUAAACAACGUCACUAAUGUAGAUUCACAGUUUCUAGGUUAAGUUUAUCACAUUUAGGAUAUACUUAUACAUAUUAAAAUCAAUCAUCAAUAACUGAUGAAGCUGAAA